AUGAACCCCAAGCGCAGUGCACAGAUCAACAAACUCCGCGAGAACGCCAACGCCGCCUACCGCAAGGCAAACUACGACGAGGCAAUCAAGCUGUACUCGCUCGCCAUCGACAUGGGACUCAACCGGCCGGGCUGGGAGCCUAUGGGUAUUGCGCGCGAAGAAUUGUCGGGCCUUUAUGCGAACCGCGCGCAGGCGCAGAUGGCAAUGCAGGCUUGGCCCGAGGCGCUGAUUGAUGCUAAAGCUAGUGUUGAUUCAAAGCCUGUUGGAAAUGUUAAGGCUUGGUGGCGCAUUGCCAAGUGUCUUGCGGAGAUGACUCGCUACGAGGAGGCGCGCAAGUUCUUGCACAAGUCGCUUGAUAUUGAAGGGAAGGAUUCCGAGGGCGGGAAGGAGUUGUUUGCGUUGCUUGGGGAGGUUGAUAGGGCGCUAUUGCGGAAAUUGUCUGCUUAG